AUGAACUCCAUUUUUGUUCUGAUUCGACCGCAUGCGUGGUCGUCAGCCGUCGUCGAUCGCGUACGCACGUGCCUCGCGAACGUCGGUGCGUGCGUUGAUGCCGAAGACACGGUCUCCGCGAGCACAUUGCUGAGCACGUCAACUGUAGAAAGGCACUUUGGCAGCACCCACUAUUGGGCCGCAUCGGCGACGGACGCCGUUCUGCGCCACCCGCUUUCCGCCUCGGAGAAUGUCAACAGGGAAGAAGGGCAGCCAGCGUUUUGCGCGGCCGAAGAGGACCUCAAGUCUCUUUUCUACGCGUACUAUGGCGAGCUCUGGGACUCUGCCCUCGACGACGGGCGGCUGCGCACAGCGUUUGAUGUUAUGCGAGCAGACAACGUCUCCGCUGCGGAAUUGGCGUCGCGUUGCACAUCGGCUGGCGACGACGCCGUGCUUGCGCUGCCGCUGGGCUUGACCGUCACGAGGAUCCUCAGCUCUGACGAAAGAGAGGGCGAUGUGCCGCUGCACUAUGUCGUGAAUGGUGCCUACCCUGCGGUGCUCGAGGCGUUUCGGCGCCGAAGCAGCGGUGCUAGUGGCGCUGCCGCCCCUUGCUGGUGGUGCGUCGCCUCUUGGCCCUCGCAAGCCGCCCAAGAAGUGUCGCCGGAGGUGACGGAGCGAAUGAUUCGGCUGCCGCGUAUGCUGGCAGAGGCGACUUCUACGCCCUACAGUAUCGAUGUAUUCACGGGGGCACUGGAGGCGCUGGCGUGUCGCGUGUGCUGGAUGAAUGUGCCGCUUUACAACGACCCAUUUGCCCGGUCGCUGGUUCAGCACGGUCUACCGCUCUCCUGGGUGGCGGCGCUCCUGCGUGGCCCUACGCUGCACGAGCACGGCCACUUUACGGACGUGUUUGACAUGACGGACGGCAAAGACGAAGGUGAUGUUGCUGUCACCCUUGUGGCGCUGUAUGAUGCGCUGCGUUCUCCCGACGACGCAGCGGAGGACAGAAACGCGGUGGAUGAUGCCGCAGCUCUCUACGACUGGAAAAAUGGCCGCGUGGAUAUGACAGCAGCAUCAUCGGGGCCACUCGCCGAGGACUCGAUCCCUUCUCGCACCUAUGCAGUCGCUCUCGUCCACCCUCGCCUGUGGUCCCGCGAAGAGCUCGCCCAUCUCCUCGAAGCAAAACUGGAGCAACUCGAAGUGUGCGUCGAGGCAGUGCGUGAAGUCUCCGCAGAGGAGCUGGAGGCAAAACUGGAUCUCCAUCACGGAGAUGUUGCCCGCUACGCGCUGGACCAGGAGGCGCUCCGUCGAUUCGCGGUCGAUGAGAACAAGGCCGUCGCUGCCGAAGCGACAGCUUGCUUCGAGAAAAACUGUGGCGUGCCCUGGGAGGUCGCCAUGCAGGAGGGCCGCAUUUGGAGCACCUCUCUCGCCGAGGACCUGCUUGGUGCGGAACUGGCUGCCGCGAUACUGAAGCACUGUGCCAUGAAUACGCACACAACGCACCGGCUGUCUGCCACGCUGUCGAUUACGGAGCUCUCGCGACAGGAGCUCAUGACGCAGCUGAAUCCAGCGUGUCCGGUGGACGCUGUCUCGUCAGCGAGCGACUCCGUCAACUUGCAAGGCAAACGGAAAGAGGUGGCAACGCCAAACCGGCCCUACAGUCUCACUUCAGAGUCAUACUUUGUCGUCAACGCCGUGUACGCUGUGUACCGCCGUGACGUACUCGGGACUUCCACAAUCGCAUGCGCGCCCGAACGUGCAGGUGGACUGUGGCAACUGUCGUGGCGAGCCGAUGCAGAGCAGCAGAGCGUGGCCGUGCGGGGCGCUGCUAUUUCUGAAGUCCUCUGCGCGGCAGCGUUGGUGGACCCCGUUUUGCUCAGGGAAGGCCACAAUGAAGCCUUGGGCGUGGAACCCGCUGCGCCUUACGGGGCUGCUUUCACAGAGUCGGUGGGUGCAGCGUACCCUCUUGUCCAAGUCUCCGCUGACUGCUUUGGUGCGAUGCGUGCGCGUCAUCUCUGGUGGGGCAUUCCGUACGAAGACGAUGUGGUCAGCCGCGACCUGGUGCGCUCACAGGGGCAAUCGUGGGUGACACUCCACGCGUCGUUCAGUGCGUCGCCGACAGCAGAGUCUGCUGCGCAUGAGGCUGUGCUUGCGCUUCUGCCGCCGGUCGCCACCACCACAGAGGCCAUGAAGCUUACGCUGGCCACACUCGAAGAAAACGGCGUGUGCAUCGUCGAAGAGGCGGAUAUUUUCGGCUAUGACGCCUUCGACUACAUCUUCAGCGGCAGCACGGCUUUGGCAGUGGCUCGGCAGCUGGCGCAAAAGACCGGGACUGGCUUGUGGGCAAUGAUGUCGGACGACAUGCAGGUGACCCUCAGGGCUGCGGCUGCAGCGCUAGCAGACGAGACUGCCCAGCCGUUCACUCCUGAAAACCUCUAUGGCGGCGCCAUGGUGUGUGACGCGCUGCACAUUCCCCUCGGCGCGCUAGAGGCGGGGUGGCGCCGCACCAAGCCUAUCUGCGUCGGUGACAACUGCUGGCUCGGGUACCUUGCCACAUACGAGGUCUGGGUGGUGAAUGGUCACGUUCCGCUCUUGGAGCACCGCUACAAUGCAGAGACAGCGCGGGUGCAUCUGCUGCGGGUUCAGUGGGACGCAUCCGCCGUCUCUUGGAACGAAAUGCGGAAAGCGCUCGUCGGGCAAUGCCGCAACGACAACGACGGAGAGACAGGGAGUUGCGGGAACUCUCCCGCUGGAUCGCUGACCCGGUUGCUCUCCCGCAUUGCGAAUCGCAGUCCCUCAAAUACGAAGCGCCUGGUUGGCGAACCGCUGCACGUAUUCUCCCCCACUGCGUAUCACGCGCUGGUCGAUGUGCUGCGGUGGCCGCGGGUCGGCUCGAGCGGACCGCUGAGCUCUGAGGUGGCGCUAGAAGAUUGGCUCGUGCGGCAGCCGAGCGUGCAGCGACUGCUGCAGCGAGGCGCAUCCACGCUCGCCAUCGUGGUUCAGCAGGUGCGCGAAACGCUCAAAACAGUGUUGCAGCCGCUGUUACCGUCACAAGACUCCUCACCAUCCACCCCUUGCUGGACGUCGCGCUUUGCUCGGUUGCAGCGGGCCGUGCAACUCCACCACGGCUUCAUCUGGCUGCAUCCCUCUAGCACCACUCCCGCCGUGCGGGAUGCUGUGCCAGCGCUGCUGCUCGCACAUCGGGUGCGCGUCCGCGACAGCGGAGCAGUGCCGCUGCAAGUGGCCCUCGAACGGGAGCUCCUCGAUGUCCUGCACGAUCCUUUCUUCAAGAACGCAUACGUGCGCAGCGCUGCCGAGGUGCCCAUCACGGACGCCGAGGCGCAAGCCUUCGCGCGUCACUUCAACCUGGACUGGAUGGGGGCGGUGCAGCUUGGGCUAGUGCUGAACGCGAAAGAGGCGGAGCAGAAGUACGGGACUGUGCACGUGAUGAUGUGGUGGGAGAGUCUGGCACCCGAGCAUCAGGCGAAGCUGUCUGACUCGCUCUUCGUGGGUUACAUGGCCGAGGAGGGCCUUUAUGUGAUGAACGCGCCGUACAGCUACCGACGGUCCCGCCUGCACGUUGGCAGCCACGAAGUUGUCUGGUACGCGGUUGAGUGGAAUGCCGCGGACAUGUCGUGGGACGACUUCCUGAGAGACGUGAUUGGUGCCGCCGACCCGGCUGCCGCGGCUGCUGGCUCCCUGCGUCAGCACUUUGGAGCGCACUGGACGCGGUACAGCCUGACAGGGCGGCCGGACGAGAUCGAGUGUGUGCUGCACGCCUCGAAGACUCCCCUUGCUGCACUGGCUGAGCGGUGUCGCUGGCUCGCCCAGUCACCGAGACAGGACCCGUACGGCUGCCUCCUCCUUCAGUCUGGGGUGCACCCGUCGCUGCUGUCAACGCUUCUUACCAACCCCAGCGUGUACAGUCAAGACACCGGCGUCAUCACAGAGGCAUUCCACGUCCUGCCGCAGGAGGACGUACACGCGUUGGUGCGGCAGCUGCGCGACGCCCAGUGUACGCGCACAGUCUUGAUUCUGCAGGACAAAACGCGGCUUGUGCCACCAGCCACAGCCCUACUACCGGAUGCUCCACAUCUGAGAGAAGCGGACAAGGGGCCGGCAGACCUCACGAUCCUCGCGCAGCUGCGCGCUUACCGUCACGUGGCGCUCACAGGCGCCGUCGACCCUUUUGUCCAAUGUGGCUUUGCGACGGCGCACCAACAAAAUCGGCCCUCUCCGUCCUCACCCUUCACAUGCUCUGCGGUCCUCUACCUGGACCCAACGUGCGUCGCCGUGGCGGAGCGCGUGUCCUCGAGCUACCAUACUCUUCGCAGCUUGCUUGAGCAGCAACUGCACAUCAAUGGUGUUCAUAUUGUGCACGAGCGUGUGGUACAGUGCGCCAGCGCGGCUGAGGCGUCCGUGCUCUACCGCUGCCACCAGCACCGCGAAUACCGCUACGGCGUCGCCAUUCCAGCCACCGAGAGCCUCGCCAACUCGAUGCAGUGGCAGAUACGCUUUAAGGAACGGUUUGGGGUGUCCUAUCGACACGCCUCGGUGGCCCUCUACAACGCAGCAGAGAUGUCACGAGUCAUGCAGGUUACCGAGCGCGACGUAGCCGCUCUCUGUCGCCGGAGCAAGAGCCGCCAUCCGCAGGACACAGUCAUCGUAGGCGAGGGCUGUGUCGUUCAGAGACUACAGCCUGGCAAGCCGUUUUACGUGAUGAACGGCGACGUCAUGGAGGCAGAGAAGGAGUUUGUAGCGGCGCAGGCCACCGUAGGUGUGCGAGUGUGGAUGCUCACUUGGGACUCUGCGCGCGCGGACAUGGGUUACGCGAAGCUGCAGCACCUCAUUGCAGAGCUUCAAGCGCCCACUGGUGUACUGCGGCAGUGGUGGGCACCAGAGGACGAGGAAGGUGAUCUUGGCCGUGCGUCCGGGCUUUCCACGCGGGACCACGACGCCCCUUUCCUGCAUGUCUCGGAGAGUGCCGUGGCGGCAGUGCGGCAGCGGCAGCUGUGGUGGCGGCUUCCGGUGUGGUCGGAUCCGACGGUGGUGGCGUGGGUGAACGGCGCGGCGGGUAAUGAGACGGCGAGAAGCAGCACCGACGCCUCGGCCUUGAAUCCUCGCACUGUGGCGUGGGCGCUACAGGAUCCGCUUAUCUCCGUCGCCGCUCGCGAUGACGACGGGCCGGUGUAUCUAUGGGACACCGUAGUCGGCAUGGAUGCGUGGCACACCUGCGCCCGCAUCCGGUGCUGCUGGGCGGCCGCCGUCGAAGAUGAGCACAACGACGAAACUACUCGCGAUAAUGCGGUGCUGACUCUGGCGCCGCAGGUUGCAACGAACAGUGCCGUUCAUCACCUUGUGCGCUCUGUGCUCCUCGGCAACGGACUCCGCAUCGACGCCCACGGCUUCAUUGCUGAUCACGGCGAAGACAUAGUGGCACUGAAGCGCACCGUGCAAUACCUGUACCCUGAAGACUGGAGCUACGCCAUCGAGGAGCCUAACGAGAUUCAGCUGAACUUCGACGAGGCGGUAUGCGUGGCGCGCACGUUCGGCACGUCAUGGGAGGCGCUGCUUGACGGCGGCCGGCUAUUGCCGGGCUCCCGCGCCACCAAGAGACUAGGCGGCAUGACGGCGCCGCAGCUUCAGCUUUUCGUAAAGACAGCGAAGAAUUCUCUAUGGGUGCGGCCGCACCUUCACAUCGUGGAACUGGAAGAGUACGGCGUCUACGUGAUCAACGCCCACGUCCCGUACCUUGCUCACACCAUCGCCAGCGCUAUCACCGAGUACCCGCUGCCGUACUACCUGGUGUCGUGGAGCCCCAGUCUAUGGAGCUGGAAGGAGUGUCUCGCACAGGUGUUUGGCUGUGCGGAGCCCACGCUGGCUGUGCCUGGAAGUAUUCGCGGCCGCCUCUACGCGUCGUGGUCGUCUUUCGGCCUGCACGCAGCACCGGAGAAAGCCGAGGGCGGCGGCGGUGGUGUGUGCGUGAGCGAGGGGCCCCUGCAGAGUCUGCUGAGUCGCCUGCAUGUGCAGUGGCCUCCGCUGGAUGAUUUCGAAAGCGACCCUAUCGGUAGCGUCGUGCUUCGGCAGCCAGAGUCAUCGGGCGCCACGGCGUUGCUGCGCGCAUGGCUGCGCAACCCGGUUGCCACGUGCGACGGAAUCGGGACCGGCGUGCUUUCGCAUCUCGCCUGCUGGGACACUCGAGAGGUGCUACAUCUUCUGGAGACCGUUACGGUGACACGCAAAAAGGCAUCCGGGGCUGAAGCGCUGCUGCUCCCCUCUGCCCUUGCCAAGGCACGGAGCGAGGUGCACGAAGCCGAAGCGCGUCGCGCAGCAGAAGCCGCGCGGGAGGCAGUGUUCCAGCAGCGCUACGACCUCCCCCUCCUGCUGACCUUUUCAGAAGCAGCAGCGCCGCCUGUUGUUCAAACCUCCGACAACACAGCGGAGAGCGCGCUACUGCACCGCAACGUCAACACGCUGCUUUUCUUCAGCCACCAGCUGGACACAGCUCAGCGCGCGCUGCUCCGCCAGCACUUGGAGCAGCACAGUGUGGCCGUCACGGCAGCUGCCAAGUAUGAAGAGGAGGAGCAGGAGUGCACGGCAUCCCUCCUUGACCGACUGUACGCCACGGAGGCGUUCUUUGCGGACUGUCCAAACCUCGCAGCAGUGCUUUCAGAGAGCGAUGAGGUUGCUGUCGAGGAUCAGGCCCGCUUCAGCGCCGUCUUUUGCGAUGAAGUGCUGUGGCUAGAGCUACUUGCGCGCUCGGCGCUCUCACAGGAGGCGGAGCAUGACGCGGAUACCUCCCUGGUGGGCUCGGCGAGCGACGAAGUACACCAGCGCAGGUACAUCUACAGCGCUGCCGAUGCCAUGAAGAUCUGGCGUCUCACGCCCCACGAGCUGUGGGCUGAGGUGCGGCAAGGCGUGUCGGUACGGCUAUCUGAGGGGUUGGAGGUGACGCGUCUCUGCCGCAUGACGCCUGGGUGCGCGAGUGAUACAAACGAACGCGCCGUGGCGACGGACACAGGAGCACCGUGGAAGGGGCACUACGUAGUAAACGGCCUCUACGCCGCAGUUCGUGACUCGCUGCAGGCGCCGGCAGCAACGUGUGAGAAGAGCAACGCACCCCAUGCCCAGGCGCCGCCGUCUCUGACCAAGUGGAACGUUACCUGGGAUGCGCAGACGCUCUCCUGGCACGAUUUCUGCCAGUUCGUGAUUGGCUACGCCGACUGCACUCAGGCUGCCUCACUGUCUUUCAACGCCUUAAUCGCCGAAUCGAUUGUGGACGCGAGGGCGUCGCAUGAAGAGAACAAAGACGAGACGCCGUCACCGCUGUCGUGCGUUGGCGUGAUGGCGGCAUCAGGGCCGUUGGCCGCGUUCGCUGUCCGUCGCUCUUGGUGCUGGAAUGCGAAUUAUCACGACAUGUAUCUGCCCGACCCGUUUCUGCGUGCCGUGGGUGUGGCCGGUAUGGACCACGACGUGGUUCUAAACGAGGGGUGGCUUCUCAACCCCCUCAUGGCAGUGGCGCCGAGCAUGAGGCGCCUGCGUGUCUUUGACUGGACGCGAGGCUGCGACACGCCGGCGGUACUCGAUUGGAUGCACAGUCGCAAGCAGAUGCUCGACCACACCUCUAUAGAGAGCAACGAAGCGAGGGGCGCGUCACCUGCCCCAGCAGAGGCGUCUCACGAUUCGGAAGAGAGCGCGGAGAUCGUCGCUGUGGCGCAAACAGUCGCCGAAGAGCUGCACCCACCAUCCCCUCCGCCGCGAAUGAAAUCCCAGUUGAAGAUGGCGUGGGUGUAUGAUGCAUUGCUACACGCCAGCACACAUGCGGAUUAUAAGCUGCUGUGGCAACACUACCGCUCCCUGAGCGCUCCCGCAGCCGUAGCAGCAGGGGAAGCGGCGUCGACGCACAAGAUGAGCAACACCAUUUCCUUUGCUCUCUUCUACCGCGACUUUAAGUAUCUCGAUAACUUUGGCGUCCCGUGCAUGAGCCAUGAAUUGAAGAACCUGUUCAUUGACAUUGAGACGCAGAGGCAUGGGCGCAUGUCCUAUGAAGAGUUCGCUCACGCCAUCGCCGUCUACCACUCGCUCUAG